AUGUACAGGACGAUGUGCUGGGUGAUGCUGCUGUACGUGUGCACUUGUGCGGCGCUGGAGGACCUACGGCAGAGUGAAGUUGGGGAGUUUGACUGGGGAUCGUGGUGGGGCUACGACGGUAUCUCGGGACCAUCGUUCUGGGGCGUGAUCAACCGCGGGUGGCGGCUAUGCAGUGACGGCAGGCGACAGAGUCCCGUCAACAUCAACCUCAGCAACAUCGUCUACGACCACAAUAUCGGCAAUUUGGUCCUGGACGAUGUUCAUUUGGACGGCGUCUUGUCGAAUACUGGAUUUGGACUUCGCUGGAGCCCCCAUCCUUCAAAGCUGGCAUCACAUCCGCCGAGUUUGCUGUCACCAACUACAUAUUUUUCGCCACAUAAGUUGACAGAGAUGACAGAACUGCCGCACGAAAUAAUUCCCAAGGAGUUCGAAUUCAAUCGAGAAAUUCAGAGAAGUACGAACUCUGUCCUGCAUUCCCCCCACAAAACGCGGAACGACAGAGCGAUCAUCUCGGGAGGACCCUUGCUGUACCGCUACACGCUGAGCCACGUCACCCUCAGGUGGUCAGGCUCUCCUGCUGGCUCCGAGCACAGCUUGGAGAACCAGUUCUUCCCUGCCGAGCUACAGAUGUACUUCUACAACAGCAUCUUGUACUCGAACUUCACGGCUGCCGCUGAGCGACCGAACGGAGUGGCCGCGAUUGCAGUGUUUGUCAAGGAAGGUGACGCCCCUAGCGCUGUGCUGGGACGCUGGCUACAGCGGCUUCCCAGCCUGCGGCCCACAGGCGCCAGUACCGCAGCACCGCUGCCGUCACUGCAGAGUUUGCUGCCGUCGCGUCACUACGUCACGUACGAGGGAUCUCUGACCGAACCUCCGUGCGAAGAGGUGGUAACCUGGGUACUGCUGAACCGUCCUCUCUACCUCACCAGAGGCCAGUUGCAGCAGCUGCGGUCGCUGAGGCGGGGGGCGGGUGGGGGGAUGGCGGCCCCCGCCUUGGGGAACGUGCGCCCCACGCAGCCCCUACACGGCCGCUCCCUGCGCACCAACAUCCCCCACACGAAAUGCCCAUCCAAGUCUCGCUCGAAGGCACUUUACCGAGUGUCGGAGAGUGACGAUCAAACGUGAUGAUCUUCAGGCAAAGCUUUCUACAGACAAUCAGUUUUUCAUAUAUGUUUUAAUUGAACUUGGAGGAUAAUUUCUACAU